GAGAGAGAGAGAGAGAGAGAGAGAGGGACGUACGACAAGGAGGUAACUCCAUUUCCGGUUUUUCCAAGUGAACGUGUAACGCACACACGCAUACACAAGCAGUACACGGUAAACAAGCUACAAAAGAGUCAAACGAUAGAAAGAUCAUCUAUUUUCUCAAGUUGUUCCUCGAUCGGACGCGGGUGCGUGGCGCGGCACGACGAAAGAAGAGGACGAGACGAGAGUUUAAAACGCGAGAAAGAUCAGUAGAGAGAUCGGGAGGCGAGAGCUACGAGAGAUCGUGUGAAAAGAUCGCGUCGGCUGCCAUACGGGACGGAUAUCGCAAUAUAUUUUAAGUUCUCUCUGUACUGUGUGACCCUUACAUUAUUUUGUCCCCCCGAUGGGGACGGGUUCGGUGUUGUAACUUAGGAUAUAAGAAGACUAAAAAAAGAGCUCCGGAGCGCACAACAAAAAGGGAGAGCAAAGGGUGGGAUUGGCAUUCCGGAAGGAAGAAGAUUAAGAAGAAAAAGAAGAAGAAGACAACGAUUGAGAGGAGAGGAAGAGUGUGUGGUUGUGAGAAAGACUGAAAAUCUAUCGGAAAACCGUUCACGAAGGAAAGGGUUGGGUCUGAGGUGGCGUAGACAAGGCGGAGUAGGAAAGAGAAGAAAAAGAGGAAAACGACUGGAGGAAGAAACGUUCGCGAGAGAAGGAUGGCUCCGGGCGUCGCGUAGAGAAACAAUGGAGUUCCACUUUUUUAUACUAGCUGAAGAACCUAAGAAAAAAGCGUGAGAGGGAGAGAAAGAGAGAAAGAGUGAGCGCGCGCGAGAGAAAAAGCGAAAGAGAGAGAAUCAAGGAGAAUACACACGACGCGGGGCGGAAGAUCGAUCCCGUCCGUAUUUCCGCGUGCACCUCCACGUGUGUCCUUCGUUCGGUGCGGCGAAACCGCGAGAGAGGUGAAGCUCGAUCUCCGCCUCGAUCCCUUUCGCGCGAGCCCUCGUUCCCGCAAGCCGAGGAAAUCGGGAGGACACGUCGGGGGGAGGGAGGAGACCAGGAAAACGGAAGCGACGGAAGCCGAGGGACCGUUGGGAGCACGCUCGUGACACACUCGUGACACAAUCGAUCGAUCGUGACAUCCGGUUCCGUUCCGCCGAAAUAAGACACGAUCACGGCUCGCGUGCACGCUCCUCCGGAGGAUAUGUCCUGCCGUUCCAGAGGGAGUCCUCGUCAUCCGGGAGCGCAACCCUCACGCUGCGUACAACGCCAAUCCGAGUGCCGUCCCUGCGUCCUGGAGCCGGCUGCAGCUGGCAAGCUGUCCUGACGAAAAUCGGGCCACCAUCGCCGCCUCCUCCUGCUCAGCUCGUCCCGUUCGACGAGCGACGACGCGAUCGUCCAGCGAGAACGACGACGCAAUCAACAACGGCAGAUAGCCGUGUCAUCAGGUACGCGAUCAUCGUCCAAGCGCGCGGGCCCGCCGAGAAAAAGGAAGGUCCUGGGGAUGCCCGCCAGGGCCCAGCCGCGCAACCGAGUCGUCUACGCUCAAGGACGAUGACGAUCGGCCGCGAUCGGUAAGAUUCAGGCAGCGCGAGCUCGCGCGACCACCACCGCGGAGAUGGCGGGCUACAAUCACUCGAAUCCACAACGUGUCGUCUACCACGCGACCUACCCGACGCCCCUCGCUCCAAACGGCGACCCGAUCAAGCUCCCGGAAAAUCUGGAGACCCUGCCGCGGGCCGAGCACUUUCCAACUCAGAGGCAUCGAUGGAACACCAACGAGGAAAUCGCCGCGAUCCUGAUCAGUUUUCAGAGGCACGCCGAAUGGCAGAGUCGGGAGGUAAAAGUACGACCACGAAGUGGUUCGAUGUUACUGUACUCGAGGAAGAAGGUACGCUACCGGCGGGACGGUUACUGCUGGAAGAAAAGAAAAGAUGGAAAGACUACACGGGAGGAUCACAUGAAACUGAAGGUUCAGGGAGUCGAGUGCAUCUAUGGCUGUUACGUGCACUCGGCGAUCCUGCCGACGUUUCAUCGCCGGUGUUACUGGCUACUGCAGAACCCGGACGUAGUCCUCGUCCACUAUCUGAACGUUCCUUAUCCGGACGGCGAUGCGAAGCUGGCCGCCCUGCCGCCCUGUCUCGCAUUGCCGCCAGACAAGAAGGAGUGGACGCGGGACGAGUUGGCGUCGCAAUUAAGGCCCAUGUUCCUCGGCGGGGAUGACGACCCGAACAAUCCUCAUCUCACGCAGCACUCGAGCCAUCCCGUCGACAUGAUAGUCUCUCAAUUGCUCGACAGGCAGAGGGCAUCCUCCACCUCCUCCACCAGCAAUACUCAACUCGCACCUAGGAGACUUACGCCCGACAAUCAGGUCUCUUCGACAACGGGAGGUCAGCAACCGUCGACGACAGCUGCUCCCGCCCCCCGCGUGUACUCAAGACAUUCACAUUCCACUCAGAGUCAACAGCCGGCUCCUCUAGUUUUAAGUUUGCAACAAAUCCAAGGCGGAGGUGGUCUUCUGAUACUUAACAGUCAACCAUAUCAUCACCAGCAGCAGCAGCAGCAGCAACAGCAGCAGCAGCAGCAGCCGCAGCAGCAGCCGCAACAACAGUCGCAACAGCCGCAGUCGCAGCAGCCGCAGCAACAUCAACAGCAGCAGCAGCAACAGCAGCAGCAAAAUCAGCAGGUGGAGAUGCAACAGGUCGCGGAACAGCAAAUCGUGCCGCAGACCAGCGUCGAUAGGGAACAGCAGACGCAGCAGGAGAUCGACGCGCAGGAGAACAUGGAAAGGUCAGGCGUGCAGUCUCUGCCGAUCGGCGGUUCUGGCACCGAGGUCACCGAUUUCGCGGAGACGCUGGAUCUGAGCCAGGAGGACAUCCAGAGAACGCUCUCGGCCAAUAUGGUGCCACCGUCGCCGUCGCCCUCGCCGGCAGACAACAGCAUGAUCAAUCCGAUGGACUUCAUCGACUCGUCGGACGACGUGCUGGUCAAUCUGGACGCAUUCGACGUAUUCGGCGACCUGCCGGAGCUGCACGACUUCGAGGCCGAUCAGGCGAAGCACGAAGAGCGGGGUGGUCCCGAGAACGACGUCGGAUGUCAUCCUGGUACAACCGUCCAUAUUGCAGAGUAUAGUCCUGAGUGGAGUUACACCGAAGGCGGUGUAAAGGUAUUAGUCGCCGGUCCAUGGACCGGUGGUAGUGGUUCCCAAUCGUACUCGGUGCUUUUCGACGCGGAACCGGUCGAAGCGUGCCUCGUGCAGCCGGGUGUGCUGCGUUGCCGGUGUCCUGCGCACGCACCGGGGAUAGCGUCCCUCCAGGUGGCUUGCGACGGUUUCGUCGUGUCCGAUAGCGUAGCCUUCGAGUACCGUAGAGCGCCGACGAGCGAACCCAGCCCAGAGAAGGCCCUGUUGGACCGUCUUGCGGACGUCGAGGCGCGUCUGCAAGGACCAGGUCCGCCGUCUCCCGCGGCUCAUCUGGAAGAGCGACUGGUUGCUUAUUGCCAGGAUGCUGUUGUCCGUCCUUGGCGAGCUGGAGCGGAACCUCUUCAAUCCGGCGGGCCUACCCUCCUGCACCUGGCGGCCGGAUUGGGAUACUCCAGGUUAGCCUGCGCACUCCUUCACUGGAGGGCGGAAAAUCCUAGUAGCGUUUUGGACGCCGAGGUCGAUGCUCUUAGGCAAGAUAGCGCCGGUCUCACGCCGCUCGCGUGGGCUUGCGCGGCGGGACACGCCGACACCGCCAGGAUUCUUUACAGAUGGAACGCAAUGGCGCUUCGCGUGAGGGACUGUCAGAACCGAACAGCGACCGAGCUGGCCGCGGAUAACGGCCACACGGCGAUCGCCGAGGAACUCAAUCAGCUCGAAGCCCGCAGGCAAGACGAGAGGCUUUUCUUGCGACCCGCCAGCCCUAGUCCUAGGAGGCCCUCUCAAGACAGCGGUCUCGAUCUGGCGUUGUGUGGCUCGCCGCUGCUGGACAACAUGGAGUUGUUGCAAGAGGAUGAGUCGUCGUUAGGCCUCAGCGAACAGGGAAUGGAGAGCGCUCCGACCCCUCAGGAGACCGUAGGGGAGGAAGACGCGAGGGUGCUGACAUUGGCGGAGCAGAUUAUAGCGGCGCUACCGGAAAGGAUCAAGAGGGCGGAAGGUGACUCUCCGUCUUCCACUUCGCCACCGCCUCCGGCGGCGCCUCUGUCACCCUUGGAGGAUGCUUUAAUGGAACAAAUGCCCCUCGACUCUGGAGAAUUGUUCGACUCGUACCGCGACUGCAGCGGGGGAGCGGCGUCGGUUUCGGACGCCGACGCCGAGGCCAGUCCCUCGAGUCCGUCGAGUAGUUGCCUGACUCCGGAUUCGCCGUCCCCGCCGCCCACCACCGCCGACUUCUGCGAGUUCCUGCAGCUGCAGCUGCAGCUGGACGGCGGCAACGGCCACAACGGGCAGUACUACUCGACGAACGGCUGCGGCGAACGCAAGCUCAACGGCAUGAUCGGCAUCUCGGGGGCGAUGGCCACUGCCGGCAACGGCGACGGCAACGAGGCCGACCUCAGUAGACUGACAUUGUCCGAUCGCGAACAGCGGGAGCUUUAUCACGCCGCCCGGAUGAUCCAGAAGGCGUAUCGAAGCUACAAGGGUCGUCAGAGGCAGGAGGAGGCCGAGAGGCACGCCGCCGUUCUCAUCCAACAAUACUAUCGCCGUCACAAGCAGUACGCUUAUCACAGACAAGCUACGAAGGCGGCCCUGGUGAUCCAGAACAACUAUCGGAAUUACCGCGCGCGGCCAGGCUCGGCCGGCACUCGGCAGCAGACGGUCCAUCAGCAGGCGGCCCACCAGGCGGCGCGGAAGAUCCAGCAGUUCAUGCGCCAGUCCAAGAUCAAACUGCAGAACGCCAAGGCCGUCGCAAACGGGAGCGGGAGGCAGCCAGCGGUCACUUCGCGGGUGGCUGCUGUCCCCCAAAGCUCGCCCUCAUCUAGCCCAGGGGCCAGCCUAGUAGCCGCCAACCCGGAGGUCACCUAGUCGACUGCCAGUCCAACGGCACGCGGAGCGGCGACGACGGUUCGCUAGUUAAGUAGACGACGACGGUAGCCGCGUGGUGGCCGUGAAAUAAGGAGGAGGAGAAGCGCACGGAUGCGCUCCGAAAAAUCCGAGAAGCCGUCGCGACGCUCUUCCCAGACGGAGGGAGAGUUUCACCUGACCCCGCGACCUCGACGAGGUCGUUGGCGACAGCAGCAGCAGCAGCAACAACUACUACGGGAAAGGGUACCAGACGUACGACACGGAUCACACGCUUCGUCUCUGAUUUGCGUACCCGGUUGUUGACCUACCUUUUCAAGUCUCUUAUCAUAGUUUCAACCUUUUGUCCCUUACACACACAAGCACACACGUACACACGACACACCACAUACGCUGAGUUAACACUGCUCGUGCACACAGCGCGGAUUUCAUCUUCGAUCGCUCGUUCGUUCCGCUUGUACCUUACUCUACCUACUAUUCGCGCGUUUCCGCAUCCCGUUGACGCGAGCGAUCGAUACGAACGAGCAUAGUGGGAUCAGUGGGACGGAUAUCUGUCCCAUCUGUAGGCUCAGGUCGACGGCGGUGUGCACUCGAGGUGGCUACUUGGGCGAAGAUUAGCGAUGAAGCGCCAAGUCGAUCGACUCGAGGCAUGCUUGUAGAAUACACACACACAAAACACACAUACACACACGGUUUUAUCUUCCGCUUUCUACGAUAUGUACGCGAUCGUAAGGUAACACGUAGCGCGCGAGUCACCGCGCGAAAAGCGCGGAUCCGCUUUCCCCGGCACGUACGUUAUUUCUUCGGUACUUACGUACGACUCUACUUGCGACGCAGCAUCGAAGUCGAUGAGUCGUUGCUCGCGAUACUUCACUCGCAUCUUCUCGUGUGCAUCGAGCUGAAUCGCACAAAAAAAAUAAAACGUUGUCGCUUUCGUAGGUAGAUAGAUAGAUUAGGGUAGGUAGGUAGGGUAGGUAAGUAGGCUCGGGUAGCUCGCGGUGGCUUCGUCGCCUGCGAGCGAAUUUCCGCAGUUCCGUAGAGAUCUCUCUCGUAAACUGAACUACUAUUUCUUCGGCACGAGGCUCUUCGUAGGCGUGUUUCUCCUUUGAUGACACCGGUCGACGGGUCGUAUCUUUUCUCCUUCAUUCUUUUCGACGCAAAGAACGCCGAAAUUGACCGCGUGUGCGCGCGAGUGCAAACCCGAAAGUGAAGACGAGUCGAACGUCGCACGUUCGCGAUUGAAAAUCCGCGUGAUGAACGACGAUGACGGUUCUCGGCCCGUGUUUCGCGGCGAAUGACAUUCGAGACGCAACGGCGACGUCGGUCGAGGCUUUCUUUGUCCGAGAAAUCUCGUUGACUGGUGUCAUUGGCAUUCUACCGAUCGCGCAUUGAUACACAGUUUUGCCAUUUCCCGUGCAGAAGGGUGUAUUCGUGUACAACAACUGUGUUACAUUUCUUUCUCCGAUACGAGUGGCCGGCACUCACUGAUUACACGUACACGUACACGUACACCACGUAAUUCUCACUUGCAUAGGGAACAGCCGAUACUUUCCAUUCUUCCUUAACGAUAAAUACGUUCGUCGAUUUUCGCUGCCGAGUUCGCCGUAUAGUCGGCUCAGACUGCAGCAGCAACAACAACGUCAACGUCUCGGCGCGGUUCUUGUCUCCGGCGGGAGAGAGAGAGUACGAAAGGCGCUUAUCUUAAGUUCACGCGCGAAUCCGAGCUUGAACGUUUACCGGACGUGUUUCGUACUUUACAUUCGCGUGUCAGGGCCCGCCAGGAGAGCCAGCUGACGUCGAUUGGCGUCGAGUAUAAGGGAGGAACGCGCGCGAAUUCGGAGCGAAUACGUGAGAUCGAAGACUCCGAGAGAGCUGGCGCUGGGUCACGUUUCGCGACGAACGGAUCAGGACAGGUCUGGAGAACGACGUGCGAGAAAAGAUGAGCGCUCGGCACGAAUCGGGAUGCGAGAUUAGACUUGGUACUUCUCGAGAUUAGCUUCUGAUUUCCGAUCGGUAUUAUUGUCCACGUCCAUUUUUUAUAUUUUUUACAAGAGGCGUGCAUUAGAGAUUAAAUUUAAGUAACUCGCGUGAGCUGGACGCGCGUUCCUAUCGUUCAGCGUGAGAGAAAGUGAGAAUGUGAGAGAGAGAGAGAGAGAGAGAGAGAGAGGAUGAGAAAAAAAGAGAGGUAGGGAGGGAAAAAGAGGCGAAAAAUGAAGGAAAGAGCACCGACCGACUGGUAACGCAGCGUCGUGAAUCUAUUUGUACAUACGUAUUUAGGUGCGAAACGUACUUGACGUUCAUCACGUAGCGGAAACGGUCUCUUCCAUGCGCGGGAAUUCGUUUCGUUCGAACGGAAACCGGGAAUAGGGAAGAUGGGAGGGGCUACAUGUCAAUCUUUGAGAAUUUUAGAGAAAGAGCGAGUAAGAGAGAGCAAAGAGGCGGGGAAAAGAGGGGUGAUGAGAACGAGAGUGACGGGAGGCAAAGAGAGAACAGCAGUUUUUACGUGAACGAGGUAGCUACUAGAAGCGAAAGACUGGAGGGACGAGAAUCGAGAGCGACGAGAGGAAACAAAAGAGAGGAUGAACGACAAAAUGAAAAAAAAGAAGCAGAGAGAAAUAAUAAGAGAAACAGGCCCUUCGUCCAAAGGGCGCAACUUCAUCCACGGGCUGUGCUAGUCACAGUAUAAUCAACUUCGUAGAGUUACUUCUAGAACGUAAGGCUAGUCGAUUACACAUUGUUACAAAAAACUACCUACCGUUUCUCUCUCCGAUAGGGGAUUUUUUUAAAGGUUCUCUAGCGUAAAA